UAUGAAUAAUUAACAUAUGAAUGAUGAUUCUAGUUAUUGUUGUUUAGUGAAUAGUAGAAGAAAUUCAGAUUCGUUUUUCGCCAAUCAUGCUAUUGAUGAUUAAGUAAAAUAGUGUUUUAGUUAGGGUGAUGUAUUAAGUACUACUGGAGUUCUUUUAUAAUUAUAUAAAGGAGGAUAAAAUAUUGAAGUUAUAGCAUCAAAUUUGGAAAAAGUUAGAUUGAAUCCAAAUUGGUUGAAUUAGAAUAGAGAUGAUUUAGAAUAUUAUAUACCACAGCUUAUUAAUUACUUAGUAUUUCGAGGCAAUAAUAAAGAAUUGAUAAAUUUCUUAAUAAAUGUAUGUUAAAAUAACUUUUUUUUUGCCCAUUUGACAUAUUUUUAAUUGAGAUCCUUGUCAUAAAUUGUAAAUAAAAAAGUGAUUUAUCUGAGAGGAGUUAUAGAAUUUUUAAAUACAUAUACUGAUUUAAUGAAAGAGCAAUUUGAAGAUGAAUAUUUAAUAAAUGGUUAAGAAUUUGUGUGUCAUAGUUCAAAUGAAGAAGCAAUUUAAGUUUAUGGGACAGCAGCUUAUGAUUAAUUAAGUUCUAAACUCAAUGCUUCUGAAAUUAAUAUAAAAUAAUAUGUAUCUAUUAAUACAGAAGAUUAAAUUAAAGAGUCUAAAAAUGGUUUUCUUUCAACAAUAAAUUUUUGGAAUGAUAUAAUAAGAAUAUCUGAAAGGUAUUUAAAAUGAAAAUUUAGACUUUAUCUGGCAUUCCCAUAAAUAAUAUCUUUAAAAGCAGAUCUAUAGAAAAUAAAUUAAAAUCUACCAUCUUGUGUAUAUAUUCCUUUUGUUAAGGAUCAAAUUAGAAAUUACGUGAUCCUAAAUAUAGUAGCAUCUGAAAGCAAGGUGUUUUCAACAAAGGAGAGAUCACCUUUUUACAUUUGUCUGGAAAUCUAUAGACCAGAUGUUGAAUAGGAUUAGAGAAAUGAUUAUAAAUAAUCUGAAGCAAUUACUUUAUAGAAAUCAAUAAUAAUUUAAUAGAAAAUGUCUAUAAGAGGAUCUGUAAAUAUUGAUUAAAGCAAAUGUAAUUAAAUUUGUUGAAUAUUAAGAUGCUAAUGUUCAUUAAAUCACAGUUCAAUAACCUCUUUAAAUAAUUGAUGAAGAUAUAAUUGAUGAGACUCCAACAGUAUAAUUUUAUACUUCUGAAAAUGAUGAGGAUGUAGAGGUGAAGUCUGUUUAUUAAUCCUUCUAAAAAGAGAAUAAUGAAGAUUUUGUAAGUGUUAGAAGUUCAUUUGCCUCAGAAAUAUAAAGAAAAAGUAUGGUUCUUAGUUAAGAGGGUUAAAAUUUAUUUGGAGAGUCAGCUAAAGAUUAGGAAUAAAGAAUUAGAGAUUAAUCUCUAUUUGGUAAUCUUAAAUCAUGGCGAUUGGUUCAUCUGAUUGUAAAAUCAGGAGACAAUCUUAAAUAAGAAUAAUUUGCUAUGUAAAUCUUGUCAACUAUUGAUUAAAUCUUUAAUAUAGAAGAUCUACCUAUGAGAUUAUCAAUUUAUGAAGUAAUUUCGUUGGGACCUAAUUAUGGAUUAAUUGAAAUGGUGAAAGAUGCUAUUACAAUCGAUUCAUUGAAAAGAUAAUUAUGGAAUAGACAAUAAACAUUAACCUAAUUCUUCGAGUAAUCAGUAUUUCUGUUCAAUUAUUAGUGAUAAUUUUGGUG